AUGUUCAAGUUCCACUUUGGUCAAGUGUUGGACUACCCUAUUGAUGAAGAUGACGCCGAGAUAGAGGCCCUUAACGAAAGCCUCGGUGAGAUCAUUAUCACACCAGAGCAAGAAGAUAUGGAUCGUGCAGCAAAAUCACUCCCGCACGGUGCUCUACCCCUCUCAUCUGAUCCGACCAUUGGUAAUCACGAGCUACAAAACUGCGAAGAGAUCCUCCUCAAAGAUAUAUUACAAACUUUGCCAUCCGCGAUUUCGUAUACCCCUCUCGUGAUUAAGUCAUCAGGUUCAUCCUCUAUUCCCACCAUUGUCAUUCCGAGAAGAGAUCUCUAUGAUGCGCGCUUCCAAAUUAUCUCUGAAGAAGACCUCACUGACGAUGAUGACGACACAGAGAUGGGUGACGAAAGUGACGAUGAUAGCAGAAGUGAAGCGUCUAUGGAAAUCUUGCGUGCUCGAGCAAUGCGACUAAGAUCAGGUGUCCCAGACUCAAUAAUGGAGGAGGACUUGGACCUUCCACCACUACCGCCCUCUCCUCCUGAUUUCGACGAGUCCCUUGAACAGGAAAUUGAAAUUAUACGGCCUGAUUCAGCCCCCGACUCACUCAAGGCACCAUCUUCCAAAGUGAUAUCAAUCUCUGAGCGUCCACCUCGGAUAUCUCGCUCAGAUAGGAUCAGUCGUAUCAAAGAUUUGGAGUAUAUCAACGCGCCGUCAGACGUGAUUCCAAACGUAUAUGAGGGUGGAUUAAAGACAUGGGAAUGUAGUAUCGACCUGGUAGAAUACCUAUCAUCCGGGCAAUGGCAGCGACCACUCCAAUCAGAAUCAAGCACUUCGUCUCAGAGCCAGAGACGCGAAGACACGCAGACACCAUCAUUCCAGGGGAAGGCUAUACUAGAAGUAGGAUGCGGAACAGCGAUACCGACGUCGUUUAUCCUCCGGUCUUUAUUCAACGAGCCCCUCAAAGAUGAUGAAGACGAGGAGGAUUCUGGUCUACCUGAAGGUAGGAAGGAGACAGUCAUCCAUCUACAAGAUUACAAUAAGAGCGUCUUGGAGCUAUGCGAGCUAACGAAUACUUUUGCAGAUUCAUCUGAUGCCUCUCAAAAGUACAAAAAUCUACUUGAGACGUCUCUCCCAGACCCGGCUUCUGCAUCAGAAUUAUCAAUUGAUCAGAUGUUCCUCGACCACUUCCUCGAGUCUCUCCAACAACACCGCAUAAAAUUGAGACUGUGGGCCGGUCCAUGGUCCAACUUUAACCCUCGCAAAUUACCAUCUCCUACAAUCGAGCCCGUUUUUGAUUCACUCGAUUCAUCCGCUGCGCCACGCCAAAAUCAGUCAGCACGACCCUUCGACUUGGUCCUAACAUCUGAAACUAUAUACCGGUCCGCAAAUGUUCCUUCUCUUCUCCGAGUUUUACGGUCUGCUUGUGCAGAGGAAGCACAACCUGUAUCAACCACUCCAGGAAUAACCAAACCACUUGCUGGGGUCUUCUCGCUGUUCGGACAGUUUGGAGGCUUGAGUGGUCUGUCACCUCGGACACGCAUCUCUAUCAUCCUGGUGGCAGCUAAGGUCCUCUACUUUGGAGUAGGUGGUAGCGUAGAUGAAUUCGAGAGCAUGUCCAGGAACAUGGGUGCCAGUGUCGAUGUCGUUAUGGAGAAGAAUGUUGGAGUUGGGAGGCGUAUCCUACAAUUGGCCUUCAGGUAG